GAGCAUGGUGUAUUUGACGUGGUUUGAGAGGUUUUCUGAAGACACAAACCCAGCUUUUGUAUCAAGGUCAAACUCUUAGGAAACCUUCUUCCGUGGUGCUCGUUUUUGUUUCAGCUUGUUGAAAAUGGCGGGUGUAAGCAGCUGCAUGAAGUAUUCCAUGUUCAUCUUCAACUUUUUAUUUUGGUUGUGUGGUUCCAUUAUUUUGGGAGUCUCCAUAUGGAUACGUGUUAGUAAAGAUGCUCAGCAGGAGCUGGAGAUAGACAGCAGCCUGUUUGCAGGGGUUGAUCUGCUGAUAGCCGUGGGCUCCAUCAUUAUGAUCCUUGGGUUUCUGGGGUGCUGUGGUGCUGUGAAGGAGAGCCGGUGCAUGCUGCUUUUGUUUUUUAUUGGACUGCUUCUGAUCCUGAUUCUUCAGGUCACAGGAGGUAUUUUAGGAGCAGUAUACAGAUCUCAGGCUGAAAAAAUCCUUGACGAGGCUCUAAUGAGUAGUGUGAAAAAACUGCAAAGCUCCACAGAAGAUUCUAAAGCGUUUCAGGAGAAGUUCCAGAAAUUUGAGAGAGAGAACCGAUGUUGUGGAUUGCUGAAAGGAGCUGAAGACUGGGGAAACAAUUUUAACAACCCUUCCGGUAGCUAUAAAAUCUGUCAGUGUGAACUAGAGAAGCCAUCACAAGAUGUUUGCACUACCUUUCAAAGCAGACUGAUCUAUAAAACGCCUUGUGGAGAAGUGAUUGUCAAAUACAUAAAAGACCAUCUGGUCAUAAUUAUGGGGAUCGCCUUUGGACUGGCUGUUAUUGAGGUAUGA